AUGCGGAGCCUCGGCGGGAGACUCCUGCAGCAAGUCUCCUCCCCGGGCCGCGCCGAGCUGCCGGCCGGCUGGGCCCUGCCCCGAGAGGGGGGCGGAGACGCCCCGGCGGGCCACCUACCCCGCGGGGGCGGGGCGGGCGCGGCGGCGGCGGCGGCGGCAGCGGCGGCCUCGGGCGCCCUGCUCGGCGCUUAUCUGGAGCGCCACGGUCCGCCCGCGGCCUCAGAGCUGCUGCCGGCGCCGGGCGGGGCCUUGGCGGGCGGCCCCGGGAGCGGCGGCGGCGUGGUGGUCGGCGUGGCCGAGGUGAGAAACUGGCGCUGCUGCUGCCUCGGCAGCACCUGUUGGUGCCGGAGCCUCGUGCUGGUCUGCGUGCUGGCCGCCCUGUGCUUCGCUUCCCUGGCCCUGGUCCGCCGCUACCUGCAGCAUCUCCUGCUCUGGGUGGAGAGCCUCGACUCGCUGCUGGGGGUCCUGCUCUUCGUCGUGGGCUUCAUCGUGGUCUCGUUCCCCUGCGGCUGGGGCUACAUCGUGCUCAACGUGGCCGCCGGCUACCUGUACGGCUUCGUGCUGGGCAUGGGUCUGAUGGUGGUGGGAGUCCUCAUCGGCACUUUCAUCGCCCAUGUGGUCUGCAAGCGGCUGCUCACUGCCUGGGUGGCCGCCAAGAUCCAGAGCAGCGAGAAGCUGAGCGCCGUUAUUCGCGUCGUGGAGGGAGGAAGCGGCCUCAAAGUGGUGGCACUGGCCAGACUGACCCCCAUACCUUUUGGGCUUCAGAAUGCAGUGUUUUCGAUUACUGAUCUCUCAUUACCCAACUAUCUGAUGGCAUCUUCGGUUGGACUUCUUCCUACCCAGCUUCUGAACUCUUACUUAGGUACCACCCUGCGGACAAUGGAAGAUGUCAUUGCAGAACAGAGUGUUAGUGGAUAUUUUGUUUUUUGUUUACAGAUUAUUAUAAGUAUAGGUCUCAUGUUUUAUGUAGUUCAUCGAGCUCAAGUGGAAUUGAAUGCAGCAAUUGUAGCUUGCGAAAUGGAACUGAAAACUUCUCUGGUUAAAGGCAUUCAACCAAAUACCAGUGGCUCUUCAUUCUACAAGAGGACCCUAACAUUUUCUGGAGGUGGAAUUAAUAUUGUAUGAUUCUAAUGAAACGUAUGGUUGUCAAGAGCCUAGUGUGCUGUCCGAGGUCUAGCAAUCACUUUACUAGUGGACAGAAACAAGUUCUAAUUGUAUUACGGCACAAACAAAACUGACUAGUUUUUAAAUUGCACAAUUUUUUAAAAGCAAGAAUCAUUUUCUGGAUAUGUAAGUGUAAACAUAGAUGCAAUUUUGGCUGCACCUCUUUAUCAUGCAGGUAUUGGCCUAUGGGUCUGCACUUUAGUGUUUUUUAAUUGUUUAUUUCUGGGUACUUAUGAACAGAGAAAUAACCCAAAUAUU